AUGGUUAUCAUAACUUCAAAGCCCGCUACUGUUAGCAAUCAAAAUCUAUUUACGUUCGGCUUCCACUGUCGAGAAACCUGUUCGUUUGAAUGCUCUGUAAGUCAACACGGUAACAUUCCCGCUUAUUCACAGUGCAACAGUAACAGAUACACCGCCAGCAAUCUGCAGAACGGAAAGACCUACGUUUUUUAUGUACGGGGAACGGAUGACGUCGGGAACCAGGGAAAUCCAACUAGUUAUACGUGGAGAGUUGGUGAGUCAAUCCUCUCAAGGUAAAAAAAAACCUUUCCACUUUUGUUGGUAACAACAAAAUUAGUGAGGGGGAGGGGGAAGGGGGUGGAAAGGAUGUCGAUGGAAAAGUAAUGUAUAGAGGAACAGCUCAUCUGAAAUCAUUGUGACCUAAGAAAAAAUUUUGCGAUAUCAGUAUAAUCUUGCUAAACGUUUACCAUAUAGUUAAAGUCACCUUAAUCUAAUAACAUAGAUUAAUAAAAUAGUUCUCAAUUUUUUGAAGUUUCACAUGAGUUAGUCUCUUUUGCAGUGCCAUUUACUGCAUGUCUUAAAACUGCAUCAAUGACAUAGUUCUGUAUAGAUCCUGGUGACAAUCCAUAAUUUGACCAACUUGAAGUUUUGGCCUACUCAGCUUUGAUUCCUUUCGUCUCAACCUUCACAAACAGAUUUACAGCCACCGGUCAUCUCAAACAUGGCUCCUCAAACAGUGGAUUGCAAAUCAGAUCUGAGCCCAUCAGUCCUCGGCAAACCUUCAGUCAGCGACAACGAAGGAUCGAACAUAACAUUAACGCACCAAGAUCUUCCUGGAAGUAGCUGCAGCUUUCAAAGAAAAUGGACCGCGACGGAUCAAGCGGGUAACAGUGCCGCCCAAAUACAGAAUAUCAAUCUCGUCAACCUCAGGCCACCGACAGUGAGUUACCAAGGUAAUGUCACCAUUGCUUGCGGAAGCUUUGACGAUCAACAGCAAGAUAUGCGGGAUGCCAUCAAUGUCACUCAUCCGUGCGAUCGGCCAAUCAAGAUAACACACGCAGAUUCUGUUCCCACAAUUCUCUGCGCCAGGACCUUUAAGAGAACGUGGACGAUUGCAGAUGACUGCGGGAAGCAAGUAUCUGUUAUCCAGCAGAUUCGGAUCUUAGCUCUUCAGUUGCCAGACUAUCCCAAAAAUGGACAGGUUAAUGUGGCGCUGAGAGAAUCGCUCGAGUGGCCUCAGUAUCCAGGGUCUGUUCGUUACAAAGUCUACCUUUGGCGAUAUGGAUCCACAAAGCCUUCAUCACCAACUUACUGGUAUGUGUCGCUCUCCAAAAAAACAAUUGAACCACAGAGUUCUUGAACGGCCACAGCACGACGAACUGAGGUACAAAUCAUUUUCCAGUUUCUGUAGCUAAUGGCCAAUUUAAUUAUCUUGUUUCAGGACUUAUUAUCGAAGAUAUGCUCCCUCUUACCCAGGCUACCCCGCCGACACUAAGAUGCUGUGGAGAAUUGAAUACGUUCUGAGUUCAGGUGCUCUGGUACCCAGUCCCAUCUGGGGAUUCCAAACCAGGGCUUUUCCGGAUUUUAAAGUUGAGAAGGUCAUAGUACCUCCAAACGCUUUUUCUGGUCUGAAAUUUGAAGUGUCAUGGGUAGUUCGAAAUAUCGGUAAGGUGGGAAAUGCAUUAAAAACGUGGUAUGACGCAGUGUACAUUGGAAAAAGUACUGACUUCCGUAACGCAAGGUUGGUUUUGGAAACUGAUUUUAUUGUUAUUGAAUAAAGUUAUCAAUAGGAACCAGACUUAUCACAACCAAUACAAAAAAGGUAGCUGUUGAAGUGAGUUUCAAGCACUUAACCUGUGAAACAAGAAAGUAGCUUUACUUAACUGUUUUUCGUGCUAAAUUAUUUUUGUAACAUCGUGUAUAAUAAUAAUAAUAAUAAUAAUAAUAAUAAUAACAAUAAUAACUAUAAUAAUCUUUAUUUCUUAAGAUAAAAUCACAUAUCCUAAGUUACAAUAUAAACUAAAAAAAAAUCUAUUUUCAUAUCAUAUCCAAAAGUUAUUCUGUUGCUAAAAACGUUCUUAAACCUGUCAGUGUAGAUUCUAGGAACAGAGGCUGACGUAUUUCUAAGAUUGUACCUCAUGUUCUUUUCCUUAGGUAAAAACUGGAAGAACGGGCAUUCGGGGUCAUUCAAUAUUUUUUUGUUGAGUGUCUUGUCCGCCUUCUCUAGCAAAUCCCUGAUAUUUACAUUCUUGGACAUAAACUUUCUUUUCAUACACCGGUCUAAAAAAUUCUGUAUUACAGAAAGGUCGGAAUCUGAAGCACCAUAAACCGGCAGAGCGUAAGAAAAAUUUGGUAAAACUAUUGCGUUAAAAAGGUGAUCUACUUCCUCCUGGGACAUUCCUUCCUUACGUAAAGAUCCUAAUAAGAAUAAUGACUUGUUCGCCUUAAUUACCUUCGCGCGCAUGUGACUACUGUAUUUACAAUUUUGUUGGAAGGUAACACCUAAUAUGGAUAACUCUGCGCACUGCAGUAUAUUACUAACUGGCACGAUGUCCUGACUGAAACCUUUCUUACGGAAAGUAAGAAGUGUAUGAUUAACAUAUACUCUCGUGCUCUUGCUGGUAAACAAUAACUUUAUCUUUAUCAUCACCACGUAAGAUGAAAUAAAUAUAUAACCUCCUGUACCACGCUAAUACUAUCGUUAACUUUAUUUCACGUAUCUCCUAUUCGUUAUCGUUAUUGCUGCGGUUAUAAUCUUUCGUUCUAAAGGUUACCUAUCUUGCUCUCUGAAACUAAGAACAACUUCCACAUUUUGAUUCCAGGCGUGCAACAACUGUACGACGCAGGGAGAUUCUGUUUCAAAAUGAUGGUUAUACUGCAAGGGGAACAGUUCAACUUAGAGUUGACGAUUAUGGCGUGUUUUACGUCUUCGUUGAAACGGAUACGUACCACAGAGUAAGUGCUAAGAAAAAUUAUUUUUUAACUGUAUGAAAAAUAUUAUCUUAAAUCGUCCCCACCACCUUUCAAAGAUGUGAAUUGGUAUUGAAAUGAAUAUAAAUAGCAUAUCCAUUGAAUUUCCUUCUGUUGCAGAUAAGUGAUAUCAACCGUGCUAACGAUUUGCUGUUAGGUGACAGUCCGGUGCAGGUGGCGCUCACUCCCCCACCUAACCUAAAAAUUGAUAAAAUUGUGCUCCCAAGUCCAUCGCUUUCAGGUACGGAACUCUCUAACAGUAGUUGAGUAAAUUAUUAAUUAGUAAUGAAAUGGUUCUGCUUUGUUAUAACCUAAAUGUCAGCUACUGUAUAUGUCCAGCCUGGGUGUGAUUAAAACCUAGAUAAUUCUUUGCUUUCCUAUAGGUAAAGCCAUCAACAUAACAUGGACCGUGAAAAACGUUGGAGUGGGCGUAACUGCCCAUGGUGCAUGGCAUGAUAGAGUUUACCUAUCUAAGGAUGACAAAAGAGGUUAGAGUCUUCCUUAAAUCUUAUUUUCAUAUGCCACUUUUGAGGGUACUCUUCAACAAUAGACAGAAAAUUAAGUUUUUGUAUCAUUAAGCUUGUGCUUUGCAAUCAUUUUAACUUCUUGAAAAAUAAAAAUUCAAGACUGUAAAAUCAAAGUAACUCGAUAAUUCCUUUGUUUCUGUAUAGACUGGUCUGACUGGAUCCUUGGCACAUUUUACCAUCAUGGGACACUGUCUGUUGGUGCAAGCUACAAGCGGAAACAGCUCAUUACUCUACCCAACGCAAUCUAUGGCAAUUUUUCGAUUUUGAUAGUAACGGACGUUUACAAUCAUGUCUUUGAGCACAACAAUGAGGGUGACAAUCUUAAAGUACAGGUAAUUAACCAACCAAAUCGAGUGAUUAGGAACGUUCCCUCUUGACUUCUAUAGCCUAUCCUGCGUGCCACACAUCAGAUAUGAAAUAAAUCAUACUAGACCUCAGGAAAAGCUAAUCCCAAAGGUGCCGUCCAAUACGGUGUCAUUUUUGACCCUCGAGAAAGUGUAUUGGUGUUUUUGUCUUUACAACUCCAAAUUGAUCAUAGAAAAAAAAAGUUAAAAGAAAUUUAUUUAUUUCAUUAAAAAAUUCUGAUCGGAAAAAGAGAAGUCGAAACCAAAUGGUACUGGAAUUAGCGCCCCAAUAACAUCUAGGAGGAAUGAGUUCGAGCUCGAUCGAAGUUAGUAUUUUUUUUAGUUUCUAACUUUGAGAUUUAGAAAGGAUGAUUCUCAGAUAAGAUUAACUAACAAAUUACAUAAAACUUAAAUCUUCCGUUAUUUUUGCAGGCGAUGCGAAUACACUUAAACCCUCCCCCAGAUCUGGUUGUAACUUCUAUCACGACACUGGCAAAUUACUACACGGGAGAUGUAAUGGAAGUUCAUUUUAACGUUUCGAACAAGGGCCUUGGGGAACCCUUUUACUACUGGUGGAGAGAUCGUGUGGUGAGUGGGAAGCUAUCAGUGGAAACAUGAGGGUUCCUCUGCUUCUUCAAAUAUUUUUAUCACAUCCCGUAAGCGAGUGCUUCGUCCACGAACACCAAGCUUUAGUCGUUCCCAUGACUCCUCCAGGCAGCAGAGUUUCAUGAUUAGUUGGGCCUAUGAAUCAUUCACUUUCAAAAAACCCAAUCUAUUUAUAACCAAAGAGAAGUUUUCGGUUCAAACAUUAGAUGGAAUGAAAUACAUUGUGAUGUCUAUAACUAAACUCUAUCAAAGAAAAAUGAAAAGUAAAAUUCUGUUGAAAGGGCUCCCUAGGAUGAAUAAGCUCCCCUCAUUUUAAGAAAGUCACCAGGCAUGUAGAGACCCUUUGUGGUUUCAUUGAGAGCGUUACCGGCUGUUCCCAAGUCUAAAAUCUUUUAUCAGGUAUUACACAGGUGGAUUAUCGUACUCUGAAUUAUUGCUUACAAAAGUUCGAACUACAGAUAAACAAAUAAAUCACACAUGUUCUUUAAGUGUAUGUUUAUCUGUGGGUCUGUUGACGUACACAAAUAGAUAGAUUAUUUCAAUCCUGUUUUGCAUUCAUUCACAGACUAUCACGAACACUGCAUCAUUAAGAUAUGAAGUUCUUGGAGUCACCCAAUUUUCAGGGCUGUUUCCGCCCUCCUCGUGGUACGUUAGAACUCUGAAUCAUUUCAUUCCUUCUAGUUGGGAAACUGGGCAAUACAACAUCACUGUAUUCACGGAUUAUGAUGACGACGUUUUUGAAUUCAUCUUUAACCAUAACAACGAGAAAACUGUCCAGUUGAAUGUCACUCGUAGGCUGCCCGACCUGACCGUUACGCAUGUCAACGCUUCUGUAACCGCGGAUAGCGUCCAAGCCUACUUGAGUGUCUCUUUUUCGGUUGAAAACGUUGGAAAAGGAGUAACAACCGAGGCACCGUGGUUUGACUCACUUUACAUCUCGCCGCAUGCUCAUUUUUCGCAAAGCAAUACAAUAUGGCUGGGAGAUUUCCCUCACAGAGUCAACCUGGGAUCAGGUAAACAAUACAGCAUCGAUACAGGACCCAUACGCAUAAACAGGAAUCUUUUUGGUCAGCGGUAUAUUUUCGUUAGGACUAAUACGUAUGGUUCAGUCACAGAAAAUAACGUAAAGAGCAACAUCAGAUUCUCUGGAAAUGUGACUUUUCCACAAGUUCUGCCUAAUUUAGUUGUGGCAAACUUUACUUUAUUGUCCCGUACGGAGGCCCUGUUGAGUGAUUCUGAAGUGUCGUUGAAGUGGACUGUUGAAAACAAUGGAACAGGAAACACAAUGAAGAAAUCCUGGCAAGACGCGGUUUACUUGUCAAAUUCUCCAACCGUCCAAAGUGACUCAAUAAAACUCGCUGGCGCCUUCUUCAGACAAGAUCUAAGUCCUGGGCAGAGUUACAACAGGGUUUCAUUUAUGAAGUUACCAGCUGAUAUAUCUGGAACUUAUUACUUCGUUUUGAAAGUCAACAAAGACGGCUCUAUAGUUGAAAAAGGUCCGCAGAUGAACAACUUAGCUUGGAUUCGUGCAGAAAUUUUACCUAAACCACUGCCAGACUUAGCCGUUGUAGACAUUUCUUUUGUUUUUGAAGAAAAGCGUCGUUUCCUGACGGUAGUUUGGUCAGUGGCAAACUUUGGAAGCUCGAUGCGCGAGUCUUUGACUUGGGUGGACAGCGUCAUGAUCUCUUCCUCAAAAGGCGUCAUCGAUGGCAAAGAUGCCCGUGUUAUGGCGUCUGAAACCGUUACUACUAAAUUAAGUGAACAGCUAGAGUACCAGCUUUCCGCGGCUCUACAGAUUAGCGACAACGUAAUAGGAACGUUUUACGUGCAUGUAGUCACAAACUCCAACAAGACCCUCUCUGAAGUCUCUGGAACCUCAAAUAAUAUCGGUGUUUCAAGGAACCCUCUCAAUCUUCCGCCUCCCCCGGCUCCCAGAUUAAUCUUGACUAUUAUUUCAAGUUUACCGUCUCAGAUCACACUUGGAGUUCCUUUCUCCAUCAAGUUUCAGGUAAAGAACGUGGGAGUUGCUGCAACGAAGACAACAUCAUGGACAGAUGCGCUUUACGCUUAUGACAGAAAGGAUGCAAAUCGCUCAGAGGUCACUGAGAGAGGAACGAAAUUAAAGGAUAUUCCCCACAUAGGAGCCUUGAAAGCUAAAUCGUUUUAUGAAAAAACUAUCAACGUUUCAAUUCCACAUGGAUUUCGUUCUUCGGCUUUCAUUCAUGGCUUUGCUGACAUCCACAGUCCUUUUACACCGUGGCCAAAGAUUGUCGAACCUAUUAAUAAUACGCAGCCUAACGUCACGCAUCCUAAUGUCACCCAGCCUAAUGUCACGCUACCAACGGUGACACCAACUGUUCUGACGCCCAUAGUUAUAACAGAAGGACUGUUACCAGAUCUGCAAGGCUCACUGGGAGACUCAAAGGUGCAAACGCGUGGCGGUCAGCCAUUAAAUGUCACUUUCAACGUCACAAACACUGGCGAAUCACCUGUAUGGGGUGCGUGGUAUAAUGCACUGUAUCUCAGCCAGGACGUGCUGAUCGACCCAUUUGAUCGGAGACUUGCCACUGUUAGGGCAACUAAUCUCGCCGUGAACGACACCGUGUCCUUAAGCGCUGAGGUCUUCAUUCCCUUUGACACUCUUGAUUUGGACUACUACCUGUUACUGUCAGUGGACAGCAAAAGCGCCAUCUGGGAGAGUGAUGAACAGAACAACGAUGCUUACCGGCUGAUAAAAAUAAACAAGACAUUCAGUAGUGACUUGGCGGUACUGUCUGUUUCCUCGACUGGUGGAGAAUUCUCUAAUGGCCAAGGUAAGAACUAUUUAAAACAUUACACCCCCAAAUGGAAGCACUGAAUACUGCCAGCUCUUUUUACAAGACGAUUCAGAAAUGAAGAAAACAAUGAUUUUAUUACUCUGUACGUGAGCUUUAUGUACGACAUAUUGUGCGCUUAUCAAAUGAGUGACAGCAAAUAACAUCUCGGCAAAACUAGACGAUCAGACUAAACUAUCAAAUGUUACUCUUGGGUUUAAACCCUUUACUAGAUCGUAUCCUAUGAUAAACUUGAGCGAGCCAGCUUUAUAAUCAGUCGCAGCCAUGUUUCUAUCUAUUCAUCUAUUUUUCCAUUCCACCAAAGUGCUGAUCAUUAUGAUUACUUUAAUAACCAAGGCAAAAUUACCAACAUUUCUUUCAGAUGUCACAGUAAAAUGGAGGAUAAGGAACAAUGGAAGUCAACGCACAGAAGGAUAUAAAUGUGAUACUGUUUACUUAUCAGAAGACGAUAAAUGGCAGAUAGAAGACGUUAGAUUAGGCCAUCCAAUCUGUUCAUAUGUCAUCCUGGAACCCUACAAUGGAGGUUCAAACCAAGACAUGUCAUAUUCCACAACGAGUGAGCUGCCGCUGACGGCUGUGGGCGCAUAUCGCGGCCUCGUGAAAACCCGAAGUAACAUUCUAGAUCAAAACCUCCAAAAUAACAUUGCUGUUGGGUCAAAAAAUAUAAAUGUUACUUUUCCAAUUCUUCCUCUUGAUGGCUGCGUAGAUGUCACUUUAAAGCCAGACGAACAAUCUUCUUUUCUCAUAGACAAUGUCCCAGAUAGAAAGACUCUCAUUGUUUCCAUAAAUAGCAGUAAUGACGAUGCAUUCCAUGACCUCUACGUCAGACACUCUAAACCGGCAAACGCUUACCAAUAUGAUGGUGGAUCAAGGCUUGCCCUGUCAGCCGACCAAGAGGUGGUCAUUCCCGAAACAAUCUUUGGAAAAUACUACGUUCUGAUGACCCGCCGACAAGAUACGUCCGUCUCUGGGCCAAUUACCAAGCCAUCACGAUUGUGUUCGCACAUUGCAAAAUUUGAAAUCACUCGGGUAUUCCCUAACCAAGUGGCCCCAAUGGGAAACGCCACGUUGCGCUUAGAAGGAGCUUUGUUUGGACAAAAUCUGGAAGCUUUUCUCGUAAAUCCAUCGUCUGAAGAUAACUUUGUCGAAGCAGUUAAGGUGUAUCGAAUGAGCUCCAUUGAAGUAUAUGCGACCUUCAUCAUAGGAAACCUAACCAUUGGUACCACAUUCCAUGUGAAACUUGUCAACAUUGAGUCAAAAGAAGAAGCCACAUUGCCUGGUUCUUUGGUCAUAACAAGUGGCGAAGCUGGACGAUUAGAAACGUAUGUAGAUUUUCCAGAAGCUCUGCUUGUAGAUUCACCAGGCGUGAUAACGGUCACUUAUGAAAAUGUUGGAGACACUGACAUUGUUAGCCCGGUGUUGGCUGUUCGUGUUAUCGGUGGCCAAGCUCAACUCCGCCCUGUUCAAAAAGCGUUAUCAUCCGGCCAGUUCUCUUCCACUGUGGUGUUUUUAGCCCAACCCUUUCAAGGUCCAGGCGGUAUUUUGCCUCCAAAGGCUCAUGGGGAAAUGGUAUUUGAUUUCGAGUCUCGUGCAGACGGUGUGACACAAAGCACAUUCAGUCUUCAAAUGUUGGAUGAAAACGACAAGCCUCAUCCUUAUCUGAACAGCAGUGAAGAUCUGAAGCCAGAUUUUCUAAGCAGCGAACUGUGGGCUCCAGUUUGGGAAAAUUUUCUAAUUUCCGUUGGGAAGACAGCCGCGUCAUUCCAACACAGGAUGUCAGCAGUCAGUACCUUACUCAGCAACUCCGGAAGAAGAGUCAACUUGGUGAAUGAUCUUAUUCAGUUCCAACUUGAUAUUGCAGACGGAAAACUGACAGGUGAGAUAUCAUCUUUUUCUUUAAAAAAGAAUACUUCAGAGAGAAGAAUAAGUCUGGAUAAACUGUUUGUCGCACGUAAAUUUGAGCUUGCCAACUUUUUAAAUAAUUCUCAGUCAAUUAUUCAGAUACUGUACGUUUGAGUGUCGUAAUUGCGUAUUUCAAAUUUUGCAUAAAUGUUUUCUGUAUUUUUUUAAAGGCGAUCCGUUGUUAACCGAAGAUGACAUAACGGGUCAGACGGCUGUAGAUUUGGCUCUUCCUUUGUUGCUACAAAGAAUCUACAGUCCGCUGAUAUCAAAACGAAGACAAAAGGGCGCUUUUGGUGUUGGUUGGAUUGCACCUUGGUGGUAAGAAAACCGCAGUUCCUGUUCACAAACAUGAUAUAAUGAUAACUCUAACCAUGAUGAAAACGAUGACGAUGAUAGGAAGGAGUCUUUUAAGAGGAGGCAAACAAUAAGUGGAGGUGGUAUUUAGUAGGGCCGAGUCUUUCAGCAUAUCAUAUGAAAACUUCAAAAUACACUAACGAGCUAUAACCAUGAGUAAUGCUGAUAUCAUGCCCAGAGGUUGUUCGUGGUUGUUGUCUGAUUUUGAAUUGUCUUUAUCGGCUCUUCUCUUUCUUCAUUAGGAUUUUAAUUUAUUUUAUCCUUUAACUUUAUAAGGGAGACUGCAAUCACACAAAUUACACCUGAAACUAUUAAAAUUGUGCAAUUACGCGAAGAGCUGGUGUUUAAAGUUGUCACAGCUGGGCUGUACAGGUCGUUUGAUGGAAAGGAGAUCACUAUCAACAACACAGGUGAGAAUCGUUUGCGGUUUGAGUUUGUAUCAUGGUUUUCUAUUUAUUUUUACAAUUACUAUCACCCACAAAACAUUGGGACUCAUAUUAUGUUUUUUGUCCCUAAAUUACGAUAAGAUAAACACUCAGAGAUCAUGACCUACAGUGUUGAAAAAAGAAGGAGGAGUUGUGACGGGCAGCUGAGUGAGAAAGCGUGCUGACGUGGUCUUCAUGUCUUCAUGGACAUGUAGACAUUAUGUUUACAUACGCAUGUGGUUUUUUCAACUGAGUUGAUAAAACCCAAUUAUCUUGUUAUACUCUCCCACCGACGCAGUUCCACAGUUUCUUUAGAAAUUUUCCCCUUUAAAAAUUAUCGUGUUUGCCAUGGCGCGUUAGGAAGAUUUGCUUAUUUGCCUCGCUAUCUAUUUGUUGGUGCAAACAAAAGACAUCUUUCUUUCGACAUAUACCAUAAAAAAUACAGUUAAUAUUUCUAUUUACACACAAUCUAGCUAAUGCAAUAAAAUUAUCCACUCUUCUUUUCUACUUAGACGUUCGUUUCACCGACUCCAGCACCUCAACUGUGUUCAUCUUUGAUUCUGUCAUGAAUCACCUGAAGGAAAUUCAGAGAGGUAAUGAGACAAUCACUGUCGAAUAUUCACAAAACAGAUCCUCGACUUUCACUCAUUCGUCUGGGGGAAAAAUCUCUGUGAAAUACAACGACAUAGGAUUUGUACGAGAGGCGCAAUUUGAAGAUGGAUCGAAUGAAAAACAGAGAUGGUAAGUAUGUUUUUCCUUCCCUUGUCAAACCUUCGAAAAUGUAAAUUACUACGGAGGCAAUGUGGUGGAGGGAUUAGGGCGCUAGGCUUCUCAUCCGGUGGUCCCGGAUCCAGGCUCUCCACCCUGCUACCCGUUAGAUUUGUUCUCGGUUGCUCCCACUUCAACUCUUUGGCUACGCUCUGUAUACAGCCAACUGGUCUACCUCUAUCCAGUUGGGAUGUUUUUAUACGCUAUGUUUAUAUAAAGUUUUUGCGUGGAUCUGUUCGUGUCGGCCUUGAAAGCCCUUUUGAGGGAGAAAUAAAUUAAUGAUACAGAUUUUCAUUUACACAAUACGCUUUGACAUACUUAAAAAUUAAACGUCUUGUCUUAUUUUACCCGCAGUUUCUACACAUACAGUUGGGAUACCGGGUCUCUUUUGUCGGUCACAGUUGGUGAACAAAUCACUCGUUACACGUACAACGUCCACGGCGAUCUUACAGGUAUUGUUUACCCUACUUCAUCCACUGUCAAGUACUCGUGGAACCAGUAUGGACUCCUGAGCAACAUAACAGGUUUUAACAAGAAAAACAAGCUCAUCUAUGGAACACAUUUCUCGUACGACUGGAAUGGAAAGGUGAUCAUGACCAGACUUCCACAAGGUGACUCGGCUGAACUUUUGUUUAACGAGAAAGCAAAGAUGAUGGACAUUCGGGGCGCUGGUGUUGGCGAUGUACGUUUUGAAAGUGUCAGAAAUAUAGACGAGGUUGUUAAAAUUAUGAAGCAAGGAGACCAGGUAAAGGAUUUAUUUAACACUCGUUUGAGUUGCUAAAAUUAUUAAAAGGACAAGUAAUGCUUGCAGAAGAUUUAACGAUAUUUUAUUGCGGCUAGUGAAGGGGGAAAAACGUGCCGUUUUGACCAACAAGCCUUUGGUCUCAGAGGAUAGAUACACACCGUAAAAAAGGACAAGAAAAUUUCCACUUCUUUAUCAUGCGCCGGGCUCUGAUUAGACGCUGACCUUGUAAAAACGCCCUACUUGAGCAUUCCCGCGUUGUACGUGACUGAAAUCGCCAUCCAUCGGGAUUUACUACCUUUCGUCCACGGCGUUAACGCCAUAAUGACACCAACAUGUUCGGGCCGUUUGUUCUAAGAAUAUGCUAUCAAUUUUUCAGAUUGUGUUGACAAGGAAGUACAACGUGAAGACAAAUAUAAUGACAGUUAUUGACGCAAACGGCCAUGAUACAGAAUUCCUUCUGCGGCAAAACGGGGACGUCUUGAACACGACGGAUCCAGGAGGUCUCGUUUAUCAGAAUAUUUACGAUAAAAAGGACAACUUAAUCAAAUUCGUAUACCCGGAUGGUAAAACCGAACUAUCAGACUAUGACGAUAGAGGGAGACUGGUGAAGUUUACUGGUAGAGCUGGAAAGGAAGUCAAGUUUGAAUACGAUGAAAAUAACCAACUUGUAAGUUUGAGCUGUCUCUCAGACAAUGAUAGGUAGUGUUUUCUUUAUAAGCCACUUGACUAUGUCUAGAGCCUGCUCGUAAAUUAGGCAAUAUUCAGCUCACGGCGAAAAUAUUCAGUAAGCUCGGUAAGUGGAAAAAAACCACCUGAAAAACGCAAAUCGGACUGUUUGUGGCCUUUGCUCAAGUAAAACACAUAAAAGCCGCAUUUGUGGUCAUCAUACAUGAAGUACCUAACGAGAAUAUGUACUUCACUAAUGAUUUUAACGUAUUAUUUUGACUUAAUUUAGACGGCAGUAAGCUUUCAGUUUUUUUAGAGAGAACAUCGUUUAAUUGGCUAUCUGUGAUCAUAAGUAGGCCUGUCCCAACUGUGCUUGGCAACAUUUGGGGAACUUUCAGCGUUUGGAGCAACUUUUUGCGGUUCUAACAACCUCGAGCAAUUUUUGCUUUUGUAAACAAUUUUAGUUGAGAUGAAGAUAGGUUUGGAGCACAUAUCAAGCACGAAAAAGUCAACGAUUUCAUAUAAAACUUCAAUUCAUGCGAACUACUAACUGUAGUACACCGCGGUUAAGUUAAAACCGUUUAUUCACGUCCGUUACACACUUACUCUUAGCCGAAAAGAACUCUCAGAAUAAAUUAAAUACACGCUUUAUACAUACAUGCAAAUCCGUAGGUCCCAAGUGUAUUACAUCACUUGCAUUCAUUUCCACACGUGGGCAUCACUAUACACCACAAUAACCUUUUACUUGACAGCGUCUCGCAGGCCUACUGCGAUCCUUAUCUAAGAUUAUAACGGAUUAUCACCUAUCACGACUUUCGGCAAGGCGUCAAGUGAACCAUAAUUUUUGUUCCGUCAAACUCAAGAGUAUUCUUAAAUUCCGAUGACCGAUGUUAUUAGUAAUUAUUGUGAAGACCGAAAAAUAAAGCUUUUAAAUAACGUUAAUGAAAAAAUAUCAACAAAUUUAGGUAUAGCAGCUUUUGAAAUUUAGGUAGCAACUUUUUGGAUUUUUGGCAACUUUUUAGAAUUCCAGUUAGCAACUUUCCAGCGUUUUACUAGCUCAACGGGACAAGGCUAAUCGUAAAGGAAGUGUACCUUCUUUUCGCAAGGACUAGCCUCGUUCAAAAAACUUUAUGUUAGGGUAUGCUAGAGGGAAUGUGUUAAUUUUUCUGUUGAUACCUUUUAUCUGUUUACGCAGGUUAACAAAGAUGUCGACGAUCUUAGCUCUUCAUACUUCUUACAUGAUAGCGAUGGUAAUAUUGUCCAAGCGAUCAAUGGUAUCGGUACAGUUAAUAUUGCCUAUGACGGUGAAAACAGACCAAUCAGUGUUACUUAUCCAAACCGUAAGAGUAUCAUUUAUGAAUACAACGAAUUCCAACGUCGCGUGGGGCUAAAAGUCUCCGAGUUAAACCUGGUUUACGAGUAUGACCAGUUAAACCGGCUAUCGGAAGUAGUGCGCGUAGACUCGGGUACGGCCGACGUUUUGCUGAAAUUGGAAUACAACUCACAAGGGAUGUUAUCCAAACGUGUCCUUGGAAACGGAGCUUCUUCAGAGUACGUUAUGGAUCCAGUUAACUCCAAACUGUCGCGUGUAAUAAAUUACUUUCCAAAUGGCAGCAUUUCCUCAUACUUUGAGUACAAUUAUGACAAGCAAGGACGAAUCAUUCAGGAAAACACAACAUCAGGAAUCUGGCAUUACAAAUACGAUGCAGCAUCGCAGCUCAUCGAGGCAAAAUAUCCACACGGUAAAACCGUUCGUUACACCUACGAUAAACGAAAAAAUCGAGUGCAGGUUUCAGAAGAGCCCGGUAACAAGACUUUAUAUUUUGUCAAUGAAGUUAACCAAUAUACUUCAGCGGGAAAUUAUGAAAUCAAGUAUGACGAAGAUGGAAAUAUGGUGGAAAAGACAAACAGAGAUCUACGGAAUGACAGCGUCAAAUUCAAGUUUAGCACUGAAAAUAUAUUGCUACAAGCUGAAACCCCAAACAGAAGGUGAGAAACUUGACCAAAAUAGAAGCCAAAUUGUCACCUUCGUUAAAUGAUAACCCCCCUCAAACGGCACUUAUAAACGUCAUUCAAGGGCGUACCUGGGGAGGGUGGAAAGUCCUCUCCCCCUGUUUGUCAUAGUUAUUCAAACAACAACAAUAAAUUGGAAUGCCUCAAAAUACUAGUAAGAUGCAACUUCUUUCGAAAGUAGUCAUUACAAAACUUUACUUCCGGCAAGUGAACAGGCCGUUACUGAAAUUUCUUCCCACCCGAUUCCAAAAAACUUUCUAAAAAAUUUGACUCACUGUUUUUGUUACUGCAGGUGUAAUUAUGUGUACGACGGCUUUGGAAACUUGUACAAGAAAACGUGCGGUCAAAAUGAGGUGCAAUACAUAAUUGAUCCUUUUGGGAAUCCAGGAGCUGAUAUUGUUGGCCAGGUAAAAACUUUUCAUGGCAUUGUGCUGGUCACGACAUUUAGCUGAAUAUUUGGCAAGUUUGUAAUUACGUCUUAAAGUUUUUAGCCAUUGAGUUCGCGGUCACAGAGAAAUGACUUGAAGUGGGCCGAUAAAAUCUUCGAAAAAACCUUUGCAAGGACAAAAAAAAACUGAGAAGGUAGUAACCAGCCAAGAAAGGAAUAGUAACAGUUCGAGAUGGAGGAGAGAGAUUGAUACAGAUUGUAAAUGACGAACAUGCUUCGGAAAGGCCAGUUUUAUUCUGUAGUGGCCAAUUUGGUGGGAGAUCAGGAUAUCAAAGCAAAGCACCUGAAUAGCUUGUUUUCUUCUACACAAAAGCCUUUCCCUUGUGUUUUCUCUGUCCAAAGAUUUCUGAAUUUCAUAAUAAAUUAACUUGCUUUUUUUGGUAGAUUACCGGUGUAAAUGUGACAUAUUUUAUUCACGGCCAAGAUCUUGGAUUAGUUGCUUUGAUGGACACGAAUGGAGAUUUAUAUUAUUACGAGUUCGACGCGCAGGGGUAAGAGUUAAAAGCUAAUAUUAUUUGUACCGUCUUUUGGACUGGUUUCUAUUUGCAACACGCCAAAAGGGACUGAUGAGUCCAAGGAGGCAGUUAAACCUUCUCAUCUUCCUUGUUUAAGCCUCAGUGAACUGGUUGACAAUUCACUCGUGGCGGCCGCGGCCAACCAGGCAACGGCACAAGUGAAGUGAAGUUUUGUUGUCAAACUCAGGAACACGUGUUGUUCCCAAGAGUAUUAAUAAUCUACCACCUUAGUAUUCAACUAAAUCCUAAAAGUGACCAGUAUCUAAUCUCUCCUUACAGUUAUACGGCUGAGUCAUUCAUUAAGAUCAUGAGAAUAAAGGAAAUGAUCACCAACCUAAGAAAGCUUUGAUUGUUCAACAAAUUCUCCUUAACAGUAUCGAAAGAAAUGCACAGAGGAGAGUAUGGAGAAGAUAGAAACUAACGGUCUAGGGAUAAAAGAUUCAUUAUCAUUAGGAAGACUGAAUCUGCUUCUGUACUGAUGCUUGCUAUUCUGCUUCCUGAAAAUGAAAAAGACCUGUUAAGUACGUUACUGACAAAGGGAAGCACUACACUAUGAAUUUCCAUCAUAUUGUGACACGUCAACUCCCCUUUGCAGGUCUGUCGUAGGAGUACUGGGUCCCAAAGGUGAUCUAGUUAAUCGGUACAGUUAUGACCCGUAUGGUAGGAUAUUAGCAGCCUCUGAAGAGUUGCCCCAGGACUUCAAGUUCAUUGGUCAAUGGGGAGUGACCGCUGAUCGCGAACUAAGAAAUAUCUACUGGAUGCGGUUCAGGCACUAUGAUGCACAGCUCGGACGAUUUCUUAGCUUCGACCCACUUGGUAUGGAUUUCCCAGCAAACCUUGAUGUGUUUAUCGAACCAAAAAAUUUAAGCUAAAUUAUACAAGCAAAGGAUUGAACGAAGCAAUUCAAAAUAUUUUGUUAGAGAUGUUAGAGAACCAGACUUGAAGGCCCGUUUUAGAUCAUUUCAAGGCUAAGAAUGCUAAAAAAAACCCAUUAAAUCACACAGUGUCAUUUAAUUCUGUUUUUCAUUUCAGGUUUUUCAGGAAAAAGUAUUAAUCUAUACUCGUACGCAGCCAACAAUCCUAUAAUGCUGAAAGAUCCUAGAGGAAAAUUUUUUCCCUUUGCCAUUAUAGCUAGUGGAGCUGUGGGGGCGAUUAUUGGUUCAACGUCAAAUGUUGUUGCUUAUUAUGCUACUCGGAAGAUUCAAGGGAAGGAGGUAACUGUUGGAGGUAAGUGAACAGAUUCACUCGAAUAUCUUCAGGCUUGUGAUGAAAACACCAUGAUAUCGUUUUCCAAACAUAUCGUUUACAGCCCGCAUAAGCCACGUUGAAAGCAAAGAAAGUUUACGCGACACCAAUAAAAAAAAAUUAAAGACGAAAUGUGCGCUAGAACAUCGUGAACGGCUAUAACCUAUUGGUACAACAGCGAGGACUGUGAGAGAGUCUGUUUGAAAAUACUUCAAAUCAGCUGGAUUUUACAAGCGUGUCAAAGAUCAAUUUUCUAUCGAGUGUCCAAGUUCGCUUUGUUUUUUAUGUAAUUCGCUCUGUAAUUGGUUCAGAAAACUCCCGCCCCUGUCUUAACCAAUCGAAUGCAAAAGUAAAACUAAUCACGACUCUGUCGCCCGAGUUUUCCUGCGAUGAAUGGUCGGUUUCACUUUGAUUUCUCAUUGGCACUAGUGAAGCACUUUCUUCUGACUGGCUGUUGUGAUUUCUUUGGUUUUAAUCAACUGAAGAGCGCUGUAUUGGCCAGACUAUUGUUAAUAAUGCUGGAUGAAUUGAACUACAGUUCUAAUGUUUGCCAUCUUCAGGAGUCAUAUCAAGUGCCUUAGGAGGGUUUGUCUCUGGAUACGUUAAAACAAGAAGUAAGUGCUAUACUUUAAAAGAAAACGAAAGUAUAGAUUGUUGCUUUCUUCAUCAUCCUAUUCCCUACAUACGUGGUAUGUGACUCAUGAUAAGAUGUUUCAUUUGAAUGACUGUUUUGCACAAAGCUCUUGUUAACGUUAACAAUGUUAAUAAUAGCAGUUUCUAUAUAUAUUUAAUUACCUUUAACGCAGAAGUCGCAGCUGCGUUUGUUAUUGGCUUUGGAAGCUCAGCACUUCAGCAAGGAAUUGAUAAUGGUGUCUGGAAUGUAAAUUGGCGACAGGCGUUAGAGGGCGGUGUAAGUAGUGCGAUCGCGUCGGCCCUACCACCCCUCAAGAUAAAAAAAUGGAGAACAGGUAGAUGUAGAUGAUGAUGUAGAUGUACUCAUGAUUUUACUGUCCACCCCAGAUACUGCUGUGAAGAAAUUGUUUCGAGACUUUCCACAUAAGUUUUAAUGAGUUCUGAUCGCUUCUGGACUGCUUUUUAUUUUCUGUUUAUGCCUGAUAAUGUCGUAUUAAAGAUUCGUCCAUCGCCUAGAUGCAGGAGCCCGAGGAAAGAAAUUUUUGUUUUGGUGUACGCUGUUUUGAUAGACGUAGCCAUGAUUUUAUUUUUACCCAGAUAUGGAGAGUUCUCCAAAUCUAAGCCACUCUAUCAAAAACGAGUCUCCUGUAAAGACAGGGCGAGCCGACAAUUGAAAAUUAAUGAACUUAUUCUCACACUAUCCUAUGCCACUGGCCUGAAACGUUGUCCCUUUCGGACUGAACUUUCCCGUUUCGUACACUGCGGGAAAUUCUUCCGGGAGUUGCCCUUCUUUGUUCAGUCAUUGAAGUGCUUAUCAUGUUGAUGACUGAGGCAUUCCAGUCUUGAACACUUGGAAACAAAUUAUCCAUGAGAUUAUAUUUUGAGAAUUUUUUUUGCACAGAUGUAAAGCCUUCCACAUCUUAAUGCUGCGUUUCUUUUAAAGGGAUUGCCCCAGUGGACGAUUACCUAAACGAUAUAUACGAUAAGACUAUCAAAAAUCUUAUUAUUCCACCGCUGGGAAAACACAUCUUCACUGACAAUAUCAACUGGGUUGGGUCCUGGGAUCCGGUGAGAUGAUUGACUAGUAAAUGUUAUUUUUUCUAGAUUCAAUGUUAGAUACUUAAGUUUCCUUUAUUGUCGCAAUACACGUGCGCACAGUGUCCCCUGUGGGUCAUAUUAUGACUUCUAUACAAACUAUUUGCGGAGGUAGCAUUUUAAGUCAGUUCAAGAGUUGUUUGUCUGACAUUAAAUGUUCAUUAAGUCUGAUUGAUAAGUUUGAUCAUGGUGGUUUUUUCAGUGACUCGAGCAGAGCUCCUUUUAAGACACCUUAUCAAUUUUGAUCGAGAAGUGCUUUUUACUCGUCGGCGACGCUGUGGAUUGUCUGUGUCAAUAUCAAUAUCUUUAUAACUUUGCGUAUCCUAGAUGUUGGUAAUUUAGCGUCAACAACUGAAUUGAAAACGUAAAUUGGCCACCGUAAAAGGCAAAAAAGCUGACGUUUCGAGCGUUAGCCCUUCGCUCUGACGCUCAGUUGUUAACACUAAAUUACCAGCUAUACUCUCCCACCGACGCAGCACCACAGUUCCUUUAGAAACUUACCCCCUUUAUUCAUUUAUCCUAGAUGUUGUCUUUUGAGACUUUCGCUGUAACUGCUCAUGCAAAUACUUAACCAGGCAAAGCUCUGUUUGAAUGACUGGGGAGUUAUGAUAAAGAAUAUUUUGAUUUCAACAGGUCGCGCAUCAGAGAAAACGAUGCGUACUCAUUGUAUGCAUACAGUUGUGAUGCAUGUAUGCAAUCGUUUGCUUUCAUUCUGUCAGCUUUUUCAGUAGCUUAACUCAAAGUUAAUUUUCAAGUCCUCACCGCAACUUUGCAGACGUUACCUGAUGAACGAGGAUUGAUUGUUUUUUAUGUAUCCUUGAUUUGUCACAGAAUGACAUGAUUGGUCCUCCUGGAUAUGGAGACGCUCGCUUUAUUUCAUUGAAGACUCCUCUGAACUACAAGAUCAGGUUUGAGAAUGAUGCAAAUGCCACCGCGCCUGCGCAGAACGUGAUUAUCCUGCACACUUUGGAUCAAGACCUGGACAUUCGCACAUUUAGAAUUACAGGGUUUGGGUUUGGCAACUUUACUAAAAGGCUAAGCAAGUCUAUAGCCUCCAUUCAGGUAAGGAAACCAACCAAGCGUGUUGAGCUUUAUAAAUAUCCUAUAUCACCUUAGAGCUCUAAUCUUCAGUCAUACUGGUUGUGACUACAAUACAUUGAGAAAUUCUCUGCGAUAAGUUUAUUAAAUAGAAAAUAAUAAGACAUCAUUUUCUCAUGGUUCAUCUACCACUUAACCCCUCCCCCCACCCCUCCCACCCCACCCCUCCUCAGUCCCAUUCCGCCAAGAGAUGUCAAUCGCAAGAGAGCCAUAGGUCUAACUCCUCUUGGAAGCGAUCCGAAAUCCCCUACCAUCGUCCAUGCCUAGACCCAUGCUUAUGUCAGUAACUAAACAAUAUCCAGCCAUUACUUAGAUGCAAGAUUUUUAAAGCGUUCCCUUAUGAACAUUCUUUGACACACUUUAAAGUAUACAUUACGAAAAUACAUUACGUACAUCGAUAAUGUUGAUAUCAACAUAUGUAUAAUGAAUUUUUUUAUUAUUAUUUGGCAGGAAACAAUAAAUUUUGUAUCAGAGAAAAACCUUUAUGUAAGAGUAGUGGCUGGCAUAAAUGUACUUACCCGUGAGGCACACUGGGAGUUUCAGAGCCUUGAUCCUCUCACAGGUAGCUGAUUGUUCACAUCACAAAAGGAUCUACAACUUGCCUCUGAUGAUAAACAUGACCAUGAUUUAUGCCAAAAUGAAAAUUUCACUUGUAUUUCUCGAAAGGAAGAAACGACAAACGGGACGGUAAAAUUUCACAAGAACGCUGUUUACGUUGGGUAAAAUAUGUUUACUUUUCAAGAAAAAAAAACACGCAGCAUGAGAUCAGAACUUUUCUUGCGUCUGGAAAGCAGAAGAAUUGGGUAUAGAUUGGUGAAUGUAUGAUCAUUUGUUUUUUUAAAAUCAAUGAGUUUAAAAACCCAUCUUGUAAUGUUUGAGUAUUUUUCAGGCUAUUAAACGGGAUUAUAACAUGGUAUUAUGAUUCUGGGAAUGAAACCCUUCAGUGUGUUCGCUUAAAAUCAUGGGCAUUGGGUGACAUUCUCAAAUGUUAAUGUUUACGUCCCAAAUUUUUUCUCUAUUACAGGUGAGACUCCUGAUGAUCCUCUAACUGGUUUCCUUCCACCAAAUAAUGGUACCACCGGACAAGGAUAUGUGAGUUUUACGGUUCGCUUAAAGAAGAACGCGCAAUCUUUAGUAAGGAUUGAUGCGAAGGCGAGCAUCUAUUUCGACAAGAACGAACCGAUUGACACCCCUCCAAUAUUUAAUACGGUGAGGAGUUUGAUAAAGCAAUUGAGGUUGAGGGAUGUGAAUACCGGAUGAGUUAAGGAAAAGCCAGAAAAAGCACAACGUAAUGUUUUUGUCGUUCUAAAGCUAAGAGGGAGGGAUUGCAGGAUUGAUGCAGGAUGGGACACCCUACGAAGCAAGAGAUGACGGCGAUAAAAAAUGCAAACGAUCAAUUGAACGCACUUAAUAAUUCCCCCUUGUAUUUCUCGAUUUCUAUGGAUCCAGAUUGACAGUUCCAUGCCGUCAUCCAAUAUAUCUGUGAUAAAUGAAGUAAUGGAGGUUGGAAAGUUGGCCCUGGAAAUUGAUACACUGGACGAGGAAUCUGGGGUGAAGUCUGUUGACGUGUUUUAUCUAAUCUCAGCCAGCAGUGGUGAGUCUCUGUGAUUUUGUUCGAUGUUUUUUAAGCUUCAGUCAAUGAGCAAUAGCGUUUGGGCAAAUAAUCCACUUUCAGUUGUCUUUAUCUAAUAGAAAGUAUUAGGUAUACAACCAGAAUUACGCAAACCCUAUCGGGGAUGUGAGCUCACAAAAAGUUUCCUCGGUGUUUUUAGUAGCAUUUGUGAGUAGAUAGCCGUGAAUAAGAGAAGAUGAAGUGACGAAAUUAGUCCUUUCUAGCCCUGAGUAAAUGAUUUACACUUUAAAAGCUUCUGAUACCGAUAUUUUUUUUGUCUUGCAGUUGUGCCCCAGAACCGACAGUUACUUCCCUUGGUGUCCGAUGUCGUUGACAACACAGUGUUUUUACCCCUCCCCCCUGGGAACACCUACUCACUUUUGGCUUUAGCUGUUGAUCAUGUGGGUAACAGACAACUGAUGGAGUGGAAUCGCGCAAUCGCAGUGGACUUCUCAUUGCCAACACGUGGGUCCCAUGCAGUCAAACAUUGUUCAUUAUAAUCAACAAAAUAACGCACAUUUAACAUCUUCAGUUUUUAGCCAUAAAAUCUUGCAAGCCUGGAAGAGAGUCAUGUAACUUAACAUAUUUGGUUGGUGCAGUUAACAGUCGAAUAGUUACAUGUGAUACUUUUUGCGCUUGUUUACCACCUCGCUGGUUUUUUUUGUCUAUCGUACAUUGUUCCGUUAACUUUUUUUUUUUAAUUUUUCACAAUAUUUCGCAACUUAUGUAUUAAAUCCCAAUCAACAUGUUAUCCUUUGACCUCCUUCCCACUCGUCAACUUCAGUUUAGACUUGCGGCUAUCUACGUGUUUAUUCAGGAGAACGCACCAAGUCAAUCCACUACUAUUCACGAUGACAAUUAAUUUUUUUUGUUUUCACCGCAGCAUCGUGUGAACGGCUAAAUAACUGCUCCGGCCGUGGAAACUGUACUGAUUUGAAUUUCUGUGUUUGUGAAAGUGGAUCUUAUGGCUUUAAUUGCUCACUUGGUGAGUAUUUUCGAGCAGAAAGCGUUGGAACGAGAUAGUUUGUUGAAUACGAUAUGAAUGAAAUUAUUGAUGCUUUCAUUCACUGGUUAACAUUUGUUUUUGAAUGAUAAUAAUUAUAAUGAUUACAAUAGUAAUAAUUAUGAGAGCUUAAUAGACUAAAUCCAUCAUCUUAUAAUGCCACUUAUGUUAUUAAUUCAUUUGCAGAUUUUCCUCUACGAUUUGAGCCCCCGAUAAUCAAUGCCAUGUACAGUGACACAAUUGAGGACGUGCCCGCUCAGUUAUAUCUCUCCGCUUUUGUUCCGGAUUUUGACAUUAACAGCUACACUAAAAAUUUCACCCUGAAACUCAUAAUCCAUGAAAUUUCCGAAGGAAUGGCUUUUAGUAAAGGAAACAGGAGCAGCGAUCGUAUUGUGUUAGAGCCUGCAGAUUUUGGCGAUAUAUGGAUGAUGCCCCAGAAAGAUUUCUCAGGACUCGCGAGGUUUAACAUUACGGCAAUAGUCUCCACCCCAAUAGAAACUAAAGCGGUCUCUAGACAUAUUGAAAUAAACAUCACAGCCGUUGCAGAUGUUCCAUUUCUUAAUGUCAGUGUGCCGUGUCACCAUUGGAACAGCAGUGAAAAGCUUAUUCCAGUGUUCCUAGAAGCCCAUCUGAAUGACCAAGAUGGAUCAGAAAAUCUAGCAAUCGUCUUUUCGGGUUUAUCGACGGGCUAUCGAUUAGUUCACGUGAAUGGCACGAGCUUGGUGAACAGAAGUAAUACAAGAGCCCCUCAAGACGCGCCCCAUCUGUUUAUUUCAAUAAACGAGACUUUAAAACCAUGCGUGCUAAGAGUAAUUGCCACGGCAGAGGAAAGAUUCAAUGGAGACCAAGCAAACCAAACAGCUGAUGUUAAUGUUACAUUCUGUGGUAAGUCUUGUGACAUCGAGAUUUGGUUACAAAACCGUGAAAGCGUAGUCUUGUUCACGGUGAUUUCCACGGUGAUUGUAUGACUGUGGUUUAAGGACCUUUAAUCAUUCGGGGAUUGGGCCUUGACUGGAGUCCCUUUUCUGAGUUAUUGGAUAAAGGACAGGCAUUCAGAAAAUCGAGUUGAUAGGAGUAAACGAAGAAAAUUUGGGCAUACUCGUUGGUUCAUGCUGACGGCAAAGUCAAAAGUUGAGCUUUUUGGAAGAAAACAGCCCUAAGCAGAGAAUAGUCUUGCUCACAGUGAUUUCCAUGUAUGACUGGGGGUUAAUGACUUUUAAUUAGUCGGGGAUUGGGCCCUGACUAGAGUCCCUCUUUUGAGUUAUUGGAUGAAGGACAGGAAUUCAGAAAAUCGAGUUGGUAGGGGUAAACGAAGAAAAUUUGGGCAUACGAUCUGGGAUUCGUUGGUUCAUGUGGGCGGCAAAGUCAAGAGUUGAGCUUUUUUAAAAGAAAACAGCUAUAAGCAGAGUCAAAGCAAAGUAAUUAUACGCAGACUGGAAACAGUUUGGUUGUGGUUACUCCAAUCCUUGUUUCUUUGCUGCAAACUUCACUUGCUACAAUUGCACCCGUUUUAUUUGGGUUUGGCUCUCGUUGACUUGAACUACAUGGUGCUGUUCUAUUUCCUUUACACUAAGAUUUCUUUUCACCCAACCGUUUAUCUGCCUCGCUCGUAGCUAACUUGAAUAAAGGGGUAAGUUUCUAAAGAAACUGUGGUGCUGCGUCGGUGGGAGAGUAUAGCAGGUAAUUUAGUGUUAACAAGUGUUGUUAACACUAAAUUACCUGCGUAGCUAACUUGAUUUGUUCGCCUGUUCUCAAUCUUCUCCUUGCAGGUAGAAAUCUCAAAGAUAUCCUCAUGGCUUGAAGUCGCCCUGAGAACUUUUCUUAAUUUUUAGCUCUUGAAAAAUUAAGGACCCAACAUGUUUUUGUUGUUUCAGUGACUUGUGAGGCAGUGAAAAACUGUUCCAAGCAUGGAAGUUGCAUAGAAGUAAAUACCUGUGAUUGUGAUAGUGGAUUCAAAGGAUCUCUUGAUUGCUCAACGGGUUUGUUUCCUACUUCAGUUUGUUCAGUGUUACUUUCUCUCCCUUUAUUUUGCAAGAUCAUUUCAUUGCAUCAUGUCUUACCUCUUUUAUCUUUAUACUCUCACUUUUCAACUGUAAUAACAGUUUCCUGUGAAGAAGUAAAUAGCUGCUCCGGAAGAGGAAACUGUACCGGCCCUAAUGUUUGUACCUGUGAAGAUGGAUACAGAAGUGUCGGGUGCUCACAAGGUAACUGACAUUUUAUUUUCUGAAUUAGUGACAACUUUAUAAAUACCAAUUUUGAUUAAACGUUAUAUCAAGGUUUAUUAAACCCCGGAAUGUUCCCACUCUUAUUGGCCCUCUAAAAAGUAAAGCAUGCAUCGUUCUCAAUGAAAAGGCUUCAUUAAUCUCUAGUUUUCCCAGUAAAAAUAAGUGCAAAAAAGUCAAAUAAUUCUUUGAUUAACCGCCUUCUACAAUCUGGAACAAAUGAAAUGAAUUGUCAAAUUGUAGUUUUAGCCGGUACGUAAAUGCUAAGACUAAAACGCUGUCCAUUUCCGAGCCCGAGGACACUGUUGCGUAGGUACUCUUCCCCUUGGGGCAUGCCGUUAUUUUGUGAGAGAAGAGGGGGAAAGAGGGAUUUUUUUCGAACCUUUGAAUGUUGGUUAUCAUAACUGGCAUAUCAUACAUCUUCUGUAACUAGUUCAGCCAGUUUCUGUGUUUCAAAAUUAUCAUUCCUCGUCCUUUCUAUGGAUGCAUCUUUAACAAAUCUUUUCUUUGUAUUUUCGUUUUCGUUUAAGCAACCUGUGAACUUCGAGAUCACUGUUCUUAUCGUGGUGACUGUAUAGGACCUAAUGUUUGUUCAUGCUACGUCGGUUCCCAAGGAUUGAACUGCUCUGGAGGUAAGAUAAAUGUGAAACGUUCAAAUUUACUUUUCCUCUGUCGCCCCACGAUGAAACGGUUAAAUGGGUUUACCAGGUAAGAAGAAGGGGAUCGGUUUCAGUAGCUGAGUAACUGCGCACUUAGGGUACCACUCCCAUAAUCCAAUGACAGUCAACUGCUAUCAAGUUAGGGUUAAUGUUGGGUUGAGGGAGGGGUGGGUACGUAGUUGCUCAGAUAAUGACAUAGGUCUGAAAAAGGCAUUAGUUAUCAUCGUUACAAUUUUUACAACUGAUCAAUUAUCUAUUUUGCGUUUUAACACAGUGAACUGUAAAUUAGUGAACAACUGUUCAAAUCAUGGCACCUGCACCGGACCCAACCAAUGCACGUGUGAAGAGACCCACCAGUCACCUGAUUGUUCA